UAUAGAUUAUUGAUCAGUGAUGAUGUAUAGGUCUAUAAACCAACAUAUAAUCUUAUGCCUUCUUAUUAUAAUUAUUACAUUUUACCAUUAUUUUCAGAAUUAACAGACAGUAGUUAUAUCAAAGAACCUUCAAAUACUAAUGUAGACCGCUCAUUUAUAGAAGUACUUCUGAAAAAAGUUCACAUUAAAGUUCGCAUGUUAAAGGUUUAUAUGUGCCGUCACAGAGGAUACUGGUGCCAUCACUGGGGAAAUAAGCGACGCAUAGUAUUAAUGAUUGUUGCUGCUGCUAUUUUCUUUACUGUCAUCAACCUAUUAUUUGGAUCAAACCUAUCACCAGAUCUAUGCUUCUCACAUCCCUGCCUCAAUGGAGGGGCCUGCACCGCUUUCCGGAAUAGAUAUUCCUGUGACUGCCUGAAUGGAUACUCUGGAACCAAUUGCGAAAAUUAUAAUGCUGCAACUCAAUCAUGUUCGAGUACUCCUUGUCGGAAUGGAGGUACGUGUGUACCGUCUGGUAUGGGCUAUACAUGCAGCUGUAGGACAGGGUACACUGGAACACAUUGUGAUCAAAACGUUAUUAGAAACUUUUUAACAAACAUGUUGAAUAAAGCUUAUGAGAAUAAAGCAUCAAUGAUACCACCAAUCUGGGACAACGGUUUUGAUGUCCAUGUUGCGCAAAUAUUCACUGAUAUAAUAUUAAUGACGUCUACAAAAGAAGAUAGGAGAGACCAUCCUGCACAAAUUGAGAAGACAGGAAAAGCCAUCUCAUUAACCAAAUUAUUGAGCAUUAUAAAAUCUAUAAAUUCAUGUAGAGUAUUGAUCACAGGAAAAGCAGGAAUGGGUAAGACCACACUUCUUAAAUAUAUUGCUUAUAAUUGGGCUACCUAUUCAAGUGACACGUUUGCUGAUAAACUGCUGUUUCUCGUGAAUGUAAGGGACAUCAAAGCAGGUAAUAGUGUCUUGGACGUUAUUGUGCAGCAGUAUAUUGAUAUGGAGGAUUUUUAUGCGGAAACGGAGCUCCAAAGGGGUUCGAAGAUAAUUCAAACAUUCUUAAGAAAACAUGAUGAUGAACUGGUGUUUCUACUAGAUGGUUUAGAUGAAUUAGAGGCUGGUUCUAAGGGCCCAGAAAACUUGUUUAAUAAUUUGGAAUUGAGAGAUAGCACGGUGAUAUUAACAUCUCGACCAGACCGUACUGACAGUUUUCUUAAAAUGUGUGAUGUGCAUGUAAAGGUUAUGGGAUUCAGUGUAAGCCAAAUGAAACAGUUUAUUCAUAAAUACUUCAAUUAUUUUAAUGAAUCGAAGUCGGGAGAAUCAUUGAUUAAUGUAUUAAGAAUUGAUUCAAUAAAUAAAAAUGAUUGGGGCGGGAAUCACAAAGAAGCUUUUGAAUUGUGCUCAUCUCCGUUGUUGUUGCUUCAUAUAUGUACCAUCUGGAAUCAAAAUAAAUAUCUUCCUAAUGAUUUGACAGAUCUUUAUAAGGAGGUUUUCCUUUGCAUUUUAAAUCAGAACAUUGGCAGAAGAAAUGAUGAGGAAAAAGUAACUUUUGAUAGUAUUCCAAAGAAAUAUUCUAGUGCUAUUCUGGCAUUAGGUGGGACUAUGUAUAAAGGACUACAGAAAAAUAUACUGCAUAUUGACAAAACAUCGUUAACGAAAGUUUACAAGAAGGACAUAGUUGAUUUAGCACUUAAACUUGGAUUUGUUUAUAAAAAUCAACCCGUUGCUGUUAACGAUCAUAGUAAAAUUUACAGCCCCUCCCAUAAGUUACUUUCAGAAGCCCUGGCAGGCUUCUACUUGUCAACUAAAUGUCGACAAAUGAGUCUGCAUCAUGAUGAAUAUGAAAAGAUAAGGUCUUCAAAAUAUUUGCAUAUGACAAGAGUUUUUGCCAUUGGAUUCUUAGGUAAGAAUGCUGGUAAAUUAAUGAAACACUGGUUGAUGAAUAAUGCCACAAAUUAUUACUCACUAGCAACAUAUUUUAAAUAUGUAAAAACAGAAAAUCAAAUAACUGUAAUACAAGCACUUGACGACCACAUGCCCCCAGAAAUGAAAAAAGACGUUGAAAUAAUGACUAAAUCUUUAAAAACCGUUCUGAAUAUAAACAAAAGCCUGCCUGCAUAUAGCAAUGAACAUUUAGUACAACUUAUGACAGCAUUUGUAAAUAGAUAUACAACAAAUCCAGACAUGGUUAUGAAGGAAAUUAUAUCUAUUAUAGAUAAAUCAAGCCAACAGGAAUCUGAAAGGAUCUGUAUGACUGUAGCACACAUUUCACUCUUACUACAAAUGCAUAAAGCUGUUUGGCAUUACUCUUAUUUGUAUUUUAAUUAUUGUAAUGACAUGUAUUUAUUUAAAACUAUUGAAAAGUGGGGUGAUGAAGCUAUCAUGAUUUUCUCUACUGUAUGGAAUAAACAUUAUUUGAAGGAUGAGAUACAUAUUCUCAGUGUCAAAACCUCGAAUAUAAGAGAGGUUAGUAUACCAACUUUCUGCAAAAUAAUUAAAAUGUUUCCUAAAUUGAAUUAUCUUGAAGUAACUUAUGAAGAAUAUUCAGAUAUGUAUGUAGAAAGUAUGGUAAAUACCUGUACAGACCAUCAAAAGUACUUUAUAGGAUUCAUGGCUUCUGAUUUCCUAGCCAAUGGUUUUAAAUCGGUGAUCAUACAAUUUAGUGAAAGUUAUUCACCAUUUGUUCUUUAUUUACCUUGGAAAAAAACAGUGUAUUAUUCGUCAAUAAUAUUAGCCAAUGCUGUUUAA